UAAAAGUAAAAAUAAAAAGCAAAUAAUAAAAUAAAAAGCAUAAAAGAGGAAGUGGCCUCUCAUGAAUACUAAUAAGUAAUAAGCAAAGAGAAAAGCCCACCCGAUGAAAGCGAUAGACGGCCUCUGACGAGUUUCAGGAAAUCUUUGCAAAUACCCCCCUCUUUUUCCUCGAAAUUCGUACAGUGUGUCCUCAAAAGCCCCUUCCUCGGAUUCAGGGGAAGAGAAGAGGGCCCCAUUGCCGAUGGCGUCGCCGGACCGCCAUCACCUUCUUCGCCGGAGUACAACACCACCUCCGUGAAUCCGCCACCUCUCUCCGACGCCGCCCAGGCUCAUAUAAUUGAGAUGAAGGUGGCAAAGGAGAGAUCGAAGACCGUCGGUGAUGCAUGGAGACGUCGAUCACCACCGACUGAUGAGCCAACUGACAUCGUCGAAUGUUCCGGCAAAUGUUGCAGAGCAUGCACUGCAUUCAUCCUUGCAGAUUGCAUUGCAGUCAGUUGUUGUCCUUGUGCUGUGUUGAGCUUGUUGACCAUGGCUCUCUUCAAGGUUCCAUUGAUGGUUGGCAGGAGGUUCUUGAGCUCAUUGAAGAAGACAGGAGGAAAUAUUACUAUUAACAAUAAGAAGAAGAAUACUACUGCUGCUGUUGUUGUAGAGAAAGGUACCAUUGGAGAUGAUGAGGUUGUGAAGGAUGUUAUUGUGAGUAAGAAGAGCUUUGCAGAAGGAGAAGAAGAAGAAGACAUUAAUGAAUGUAUUAAUGGUCAUUUGUUUGGAGGUUUAGAGGCAGAGAGAGUUUGGCUUGAGAUUUAUCAGGUUGGUAAUUGGGGUUUUGGUAGGGUUUCUUUCUCUGGGGUUAAAGGGGAAGUGUUGAUUUAAACUUUGUGUGUCAAUGUUUUCUUUUUCUUUUUCUUAUUUUACCUUAAUUGUGUAUGGUUUAUAUUUUUGGGUGAUUUGUAACUUCAAUGCUUUAUUACCUUUUUCCCAUCUCUGAUGUAUCCCCUUGAUGUGCAAUUGCAUUGCAAGCAGUGAGA